CACAUAUAAGCGACAUCGUUCACGACCCUCCUCCUUUCAUUUAGUCCGUCGCCCUCCUCCAUUCACGUUCUUGACGACCGAGAAACAUGUCGGAGUACUGGAAAUCGACAAACAAAUACUGGUGCAAGCACUGCAGCGUCUUCGUACGUGACACCAAGCUUGAGCGCACCAACCAUGAAGCCACUGCGAAGCACCAGGGCGCAGUCAAGCGCUCGCUCCGCGACCUGCACCGGAACGCCGACAAUAAAGAGCGCGAGAAAGAACGGGCGAAGCGAGAAGUCGAGCGAUUGAAUGGCGUCGUGUCCGGAAGCGCCAGCAGCAGCGCAUCGGGCGCAUCAAGGUCGGGAGCCAAGGCAAGCAGCGGGGUCUACGGCGCACCACCACAACAGGUCUCGGAGGUAGAGCGGCAGAAGCAGCUGGAGCAGCUUGCCGAGCUGGGCGUCAACAUUCCGACCGAGCUGAGAGGGAGCAUGGCAAUGCCUGGGGAGUGGACCGUCACGGCGACCAAGGUCAUCGAGCCCUCGGGAGGCAAAGCGUACGUCCACGAUUCGGACUCGACUAAGAAGGAGGAGGGUGAGCUCCCGAACAAGGCAGAGGACAGCCAGGGAGAGACUGUGGAGAAUGAAGGCGUCGAACCAAUAAAACAGGAGCCAUCGCCACCCAUCAAGAAUGAACCGGAUGACGAAGAAACGAGCAGCAGCACAACUCCGGUCGCCAUCAAGAUGUCCAGCAAAACGGUCAAAUUUUGCAUGAUGCUGUUCUUCCGGGGGUAUUUGCGGCAAAGGAACGAGGAGUACAAAGCUCUCCGCGACGCCUGGCUCAAUGGUACGACCAACUUUCUGCAUGCACCCCCGAUGUGGCCGGCUGACCGAUGUAUGCUCAUCAGACUCCCUGCCGAGCUUCUCCUCAUGAUCUGCGAGCCUCUGUACCAGGCCGGCCUUUUUCACCUGGCCCUGACCUGCCGCGUCUUGGCCGGCGUAACGUUGGACUUACUUUAUCAGCGAGACAUCUUGCUUUUCGAUUGCCUCGCUCUUCGCUGGGCUUGCACCUUCGGUAUCGUCUCGACCUUGCAAAGGACCAUCAGCUAUGGCGCUCCUCCCGACCGUGUCUGCAAUCCCCAUUCGCACGUCGGAAGGGGUUGGAUCAUUGGCGGAAGGACCGACUCUUGGCCUUACGACCCACGCUACUGCGAGACGCCGCUGAGCACCGCCAUCGUGGCCAAUGAACCCGAAAUUGUUCGAUUGCUGCUCGCCCAUGGCGCUGAUCCCAAUCAUUGUCUCGACCUCAGGGCGUCUGACCGCCUAUACUCGGUAGAAGAUUGUUUAUUCCCGAUAAACCUCGCCAUGGGUACGCCCCAAAUGCGCUCCUACGGUACCUUCAUGCCUGGCCAUCCGCGAAUCGUGCGCCAAUUUCUCGAUGCUGGCGCCAACCCGAACCAAUACACCGUGCCCCGGAGCCCGUUGUUUACCGGCGCCCGGGUACGCGGCUUUACGCCGCUCCAUAUGGCCAUGCAAGCCAAGGUUCCUGUCGAGACUGUCAAAUUGCUCUUGGAACGCGGUGCGGACCCCACCCUGAUACAGCUGCUCCUCUCGUAUGGAGGCGCGCACGAGGUUUAUCACGUUAGUUACAGGCCCGUUGGCAAUGGCGUGGGCAGCCUUCUGCCCGUUUUGUUCCGUCAUUGGAACCAUCCCUGGGUUGCCGACGUCCUCAAGCUGUUCAUCUCCGAAGGGGCUGACAUCACGAGCUGGGGCGCGAUGCUUAUCCCGGCCAUCGUGUCCCUCAUGUUGUGGACCGAAGAGUUUAUCACAGAGGGCUAUCGUCGAGCAGCGGUACAUCAGGUCUCGGAAGCCCUCGCCAAGGCCUGUGAGGUGAUCACCCUCAUGGCGGAGGCUACCUUGGUGGAGGAGCAUACCGGCCCGGUCCGGAAGUCGGCGAUCAUCGAUGCCGUCAUCUCUGCUGAGGUUCCUGGACCAUGGGCUACAAGAGAGGACCAAUCAGCCCUCCGAUACGUAUGCGGGUACUUUGGGAUCGAGGGCUUCUCAUGGCUGGUCCCCGUGCUGCUGCGUUACGGUGCCGACAUGAAUAGCGCCGACACAGAGGGCCGCACCGCGCUCCACCACGCUGCCAUGUUUGCGUCCGGGCUCAUCGUCGACGCCUGCGAUUCCUGGAAUUGGACUCCGCUUCACUACGCCUGUCUGUUUGGUAUGUGGGGCGAAUCCGGCAACCGAGUUGCUACCGCCCGGCUGUUCCUGGACAAUGGUGCCGACUCUCGGGCUAGGACCAACGGCGACUGGACACCGCUCUCCCUCGCCGUCCUUUCCGCCAACCGGGACUUGGUCGAGUUGUUGUUGGACCACGGCGCCCAUCCUGAGGACGCAUUCCGCCGGCGCGAAUCCGACACCGAGAUGACCUGGUGCCUGUCGCUGGCGAUCGCCAAGGAGGGCACGGCAACACUGCUGUCGCAUCGAACGGGAAUCCCGGUGCGCCUUGCGCCGGCGCCGGAGUUGCCCAUACUACCCGGGGUUUCCUGGCUCCAGCAUGAUGGGUUUGAAAUCGACGUUGUGUACCCUUGUUUUGGUACCUCCAGCGUCGACGUCGCUGACCUGGGGGGGACCAAGUUUGAGGAGGACAUUGAGAAUGUUCUGGAUAGACUUGAUCUUCUUGGUCUUGAGGCUUGGAUUGCUUCCGUCCGCGAUUCGGUGCGGCCCUCGAUGUUCUGGCGGGGUGGUCUGCUGCCUCGCUGA